UGACAACUAGUAGUAUUUGCUAGUUUAAAUUUCCCAAUAGUGUCUUGUUAUUAAAGGUGUUUCGAAAGCAACACUGUAUAGGGGAUGAUCUUGCUCAUGUGAGUAUUCAUUCGGUAGCGACUUUAAUGCAAGAUACUCUCUGGUGUUGUCAGGAACGUAUUGUACCUAAAAAGGUCUGGCGAGUGAUUAAUUAUGAAACUUGUACAUUGAAUGAUUUAUCAAGAUAUAUUUCUAAACGGUGUGAAAACUUGCUUGUGGAAAUACUUGAUUUUCUUGUUCAAGUGAUGCGACAUAAAUCCUCUAAUGAAAUGGAUGCUUAUCAUUUAGGUGAAGCUAUGGGAAAGGUAACAUUGGGACCAGCGGUAUGUGAUCCUAUUAUUGCUGAAAAGGCAGGUCAUUUCCUGACUCGUAUGAUUAUUGAGCAUUCCAAAACGAUCCAUGGAGAAAAGCAACUUUUAUUCAGGGUUGAUUCAGGUUUUGCUUGGCCUACUACCAUCUCUACCAAACCCAUGAACAAGUCAGAAGCUGCCCGGGCCAAAGCUAAAUCUUAUAAUCGACACAUUCAUCAUAUUCAUCAACGUAACUUUGAUCCACUUGAUAUGGCUGAUUCAGCUCUUUAUUCACUUUUGGAAGAUGAUUAUCCCAUAGAACCACCGAGUGAAGAAGAACCUUAUAUCAGUAUCUUUUCAAAGACAUUGCAUCCAUCUGACGCUCUUUUAUCACCCAUUCUUUACCGUCUGAUGACAGCAGCCUGUAGUCCAGUAGAACCUGUUCCAAAAGACCCGUUUGCUAAUUCUUACUUGUUUGAUAAGACACCCAUUGAUCAUCAAAUCCGGGUGGCGUUUGAUGAUUUUAUGCCCUUGAUUCAAUCCUCCCCCAGUAAUUAUAAUCAUGAAUUGAUGAGUGAUAAAUCUGCAAAUAACAGUAAAUCCCACAUGAAAUUGAUAAAUUCAUCUAUUUCACACAUGAAGUUGAUGAAUCUCCGGAAACACAAUAAACCUUCAACAACAGGAGGAGGAGGAGGAGAGGAGGAUACAGCACCUGUUUAUCAGGAUGAUAUAAAUAAUGAUGCAGAAUCACACAUGUAUUCUUCCGAAUAUAGUAGUAAUAGCAGUAGUAGCAAUAAGCCAUCCAAGGUCAAGAAUAUCAUGAAGCGAGUCAUCAAAAUUGGUACCAUUACCCCUACCAAAAAAACCAUCUACUAAAAAAUCACUUUUUUUUUUUCUUACUGCUCCCUAAUACGUUCUCCCCCCCCCCUUUUUUUUUUUUUUUCCUCUUUAACCCCAAAUAUAGUGCUUUUAGCAUAAAUAGUCGUACCUUUAAAAUUUAGUGGGCAGGAUAGAGCAGUGGACUCUUUAUAAAGAUGAGACAAAUUGUAUAUCUCUGAUUCACAAUAAUAACAAUAACAACAAUAAAAU